CGUACUUCGAAGAACACCAUCAUGAUAAUAGACAGUUCACCACUAUGUCCAUCUCAAUCAGUAUCAUCCCUCUUUACCCUCCGUAUCAUUCUAUUAUUAUUCCUGCUCACUACAAUCCUUAUCCCUUGGCUGUAUGAUCGAAUUCUCUCAAAUGUCUACAGCUUCCUCGCUCAGUCAACCUUAUACCGACUAUCAAUCUUCGAGACUCUGGAGACUGUCUUCUGUUAUGGGUAUAUUGAAGCCUCAUUCAUAACCCAAUUCGUCCGCAACCCUUCUCUUCGCAUUGAUAUCCGCCGUACAUCAAAGGGAGCCGAUUCCGGAUCCACACUCGAACAUCCAAAACGACCACGAAUGCGACGUCCAUCUCGGCGCCUUUCUGAAGUUGUGCUUUAUGUCGCCCCACUCUUGGUGCUGGACUUCACCCUCGUGAAAAAAUAUGCCAAUGUAAGCGUUGCAGACAUUCGGCGCAGUGGCGGGUAUCCGUCAUUUCAUGACUCCGUUGGCAGCAAUUUCCUCGCCCCCAGCUUCCACAAGUUCUCCUUAACUUCUCCGCUCCAGCUAUGGCGAGCGCUUCCCACGGAACCCCCAAGUAGCCGCAGACUUGUACUGGAGCUCAUCACUGCUGUCUUCAUCUAUGACGGGUUGUUUUUUUUCGCCCACCUUGCCUUUCACCGCAUACGUUUUCUGGCAUAUUUCCAUAAGCCACAUCAUCAGCACGGCGAAAUCCAUCCACAAGUCACAGACCAGCUAUCGGUUGUGGAGCGUCUCACGCUAGUCUUGCUCGCAAACUUUUCUCUCAAUAUCAUUGGCGGCCAUGUUCUCACACGCACCAUCUUCAUUCCCGUCUUUGUGUACCUUCUCAUUGAGAUACACUCGGGGAUGGAUUUACAUUUUGGAUUUGAAAAGAUACUACCACAAGGCUGGGCUACCGGUGCUAAAAAGCAUGCUCAACAUCAUCGAGAAGGGGAUGGUAGCUUCGCGCCCUUUUUUUGUUGGUGGGAUUAUGGGUUAAGCAUUUGGGACGAUUUUCGAAGAAAUGUGCAUCAUGUAAAAAGACGACAGAAGAGGACUCUAUCUUCAAUAUAG